ACUUUCUGCACUUCCACCACAACCCACUAACUUCACCCAUAUACUUUCCGGGCGAGCAAAGCAGUGAACCUACGGGCGAGCUAAGCAGUGAACCCUUCCUCAACCAAUACUCCACACCAAAAUCCACGAGAUGGCUGACACCAGCGCUGCAUGGCCCCAGGCCGACCAGGCUCUUAGCCAGGAAAUCCUCGACCUCGUCCAGCAGGCUACCCAUUACCGCCAGCUGAAGAAGGGCGCGAACGAGGCCACCAAGACCCUCAACCGUGGUAUUUCCGAGGUCAUCGUCCUUGCUGCCGACACCAGCCCUCUGGCUAUCCUCCUCCACUUGCCUCUUCUCUGCGAGGACAAGAACGUUCCUUAUGUCUACGUUCCCUCCAAGAUGGCUCUCGGCCGUGCCUGCGGUGUCGCCCGCGCCGUCAUCGCCUGUUCGAUCACCACCAACGAGGCCUCUGACCUCAUGGGCCAGAUCCGCACCCUCAAGGACAAGGUUGAGAGGCUCCAGAUCUAAGCGCAUACCGGUGUGCUAGACUGUGGCCGAGGAAAGAUUUGCAAGCUGUUGGACAUUGAAUGGGCUACGGAAAAGACAAUGUACCGGAGGCUUGGGCUGAGAUAUCCUGGGUCGCUCUGUGUGUAGCUCGAGAAUGAAGUGCUGGAUGUAGUUUGGCACAGACUCUAUCAAAUUGAAACUGCUUUCAAAUCCAUACU